AUGCCGAGGAAAAAUUCGAAUUUGGAUGGGAAAAUUGGAGGAAGGAAAAAAUGCAGAGUGAGAAAAAGGGGUUGCUCCUCAUCAUCUUCAUCUUCACUGCAUAAAAAAUGUCGAUUAAAGCGGGCUUUUGUGGUGGGGAAAAAGACGGGCUCUAGCACUCCUGUGCCGAAAUGGAAAUCGAUGGGCUCACCGGAAAAUGAUGGGCCGUUGAAGCUUUUAGCGGCCUCAAAUGGCGGGCAAAGGGCUGAGGAGGGAUUAUCGGUCUCGGCCCGGAAGCUGGCGGCCACUCUUUGGGAGAUCGAUGGCUUGCUGAAGAAGGGAGAGAAUUCGAGUGAGGAAGUUUGUGAAGUUGGAUUUUUCAGAAAAGAAAAGAAUUUCGAGCAUUCAAAAUUGGGAUCAAAGGCUCUUGCUUUGAAUGAUCUAAUAUCAUAUAAAGUGGGAAGCCAUAGAAGAAGAGCAUCAGCCGGUUCUCAUAAAACAAUGCACACUGAUUGUCAUUUGGGAGUUGGCAAUUCUAUCCAUGAUUGCUUGGUGGAGAAUCCGGCCCGAAGCCCGUAUAAAAACCGUUUGAAGGAUAUUCACAAUGGGCUCAUGACCUCCAAAGAAUUACUCAAAGUGAUGGCCCGAGUUUCUCGUCUCGACCACCACAACUCAACGGGCCUAUCUCUCUUCUCGGCCCUCAAAUUCGAGGUCGACCGCGCUUUUUCCCAUGUCGUCAAGUUAAGCCAAGAACAAAAGCAAAAACAAACCGAUAUCGAAGCUUUAUGCAAACACUUUCAAGAGGAAAAAAAAUCUCUCUGGAAUAAAUUAAGGCAACAACAGGACAAAACUCGUAUGGAGCUCGAUAAAGAAAAGAAGUAUCGGCUACAAACCGAAAGACUCAACACGAAACUCGGGAGAGACUUAUCCGAGACCAAAGAGUUGCUUCUGAAAGCGAAUAAGGAGCUCGAGGGCGAAAAACGGGCCCGCUUGAUGCUCGAGCGAGUUUGUGAUGAGCUGGCGCGGGAGGUCGAGGAACUAAAGAGGCAAUCGGGUAGAGUUUGUGAAGAAAUCGAGAAAGAGCGGGAAAUGUUCCAAUUGGCCGAUAUUCUUCGUGAGGAGAGGGUUCGGAUGAAGCUAUCGGAGGCUAAGUAUCAAUUCGAGGAGAAAAACGCGAUAGUCGACAAGUUGAGGGGCGAGCUCGAGUCCUAUUUGAAUAAGUCGAAAAAAUGUGAAGAGAAUGGAUCAUCACCAAGAUAUGACAAGAUUAAGGAGCUCGAGAAAUAUUUACGAGAGACUUUGCCGUGCACUUACGAAUACGAAGAAGAUGGAGUGAAAAAUGAUAUUGGGAUAGUAAAUAAAGUCGAGGAGGAAGAUGAAGAUGAUUGUGACUCUGACGAUAGCGAUCUCCACUCGAUCGAGCUAAGUGUUGAUGAUGACAUCAGCGAGAAUUUAGAUGCUUUCGAGCAAAAGGGUCGUUUUGAAUUCGCGUCACGAGCUUGGAAAAAGGAGGUGGUGGUGGACGAGAUCGAGAGGUACAACAUGAUUAAGGAUCUAAGGGACCAUAUCGUUUUGGGAUCUAAGAUGGGUUCGUCUCAAGACUCGGUUAGUCCAUGCCAGAACGAGUUGGCUCAGAUUACUCGGUGUUCGAAGGAUCCUAAUGGGGUGGCAUGUCAAGGCUAGAAAUUUCUCUCUCUCUCUCUUUUUUU